AUGCCUCAAAAGAAAGGCCAGGUCAAGGGCCAGCAGUGCCUGACCACUUUCUUUUCACCAAACAAGGUAGAGUCGGCAACCUCCAGCAAACCAGCCAAAAAGGUUGAGCCUGAGCAUAAAAUAGGGACGGCCGUGAAAAUUAAGGUCGGCAACAAAAGCAAAGCACAUGCUACCUACAAGUCUGGAAAGAUCGCGGGCUUUAACGGCAUUUCCUAUUCCAUUAAAUGGGAUGCGACUGGGAAAACCUCAAAACUCAGCCCGCAAGAGACAGCUCAUGCUGUUCAGGUUGCGCCAAAGAUUGGUACCAGGGUAGAAAAGGAGUUUCCAGAACAGGGCUUCUUUCAGGGUUUGGUCGUUGAUAUUACUCACGCGGAUGAUUUCAUGUAUUACUAUGUACUCUAUGACGAUGGAGAUGAAGAGGAAAUCGAACAGGAUGAAUUUGACCAGUGCCGUGAAACCUAUAUCAGCAGAAAUGGAGACAGCAAGCCUGCUCCCACCGUUGAAAAGGAGGAAGAGGAGGAAAAGAUUGACGACCCAACGAUAGUUUCGACAUCCACAACUUCUUCCAAUGCUAAUAACAAGCGACAGCGUCGUCGUGUACAAUACAAUGAAGAGAGCGGGGACGACGAUGACGACGGUGACGGCGACUUUGGAGAACCAGCGCCUAAAUCCAAACGCAAGGUAGCAAAGAAGCGCAAAGUCUUAGAGGACGAUUUAGAUGAUGAAGAAUUUGAAAUGGGCGCCGCUAGCGAUGACGAGUCUUUGCCUGAUGACAUGGAUGUAGACGAUGAGAGUGAAGCUAGUCUACCCAAGAAAACAACAGCUCGUGCAAAAGCAAAACAGACAAAAGGAAAGGAAGCCAAGGCAGAGGAGACCGAAGCGGAUAUCCCCAAGGAAGUGCCAGAAGGCUGGACGAAAGAUCCAGAGUUCUGGAACCGUCUCAACAAGGAGCGCAAAAAUUUUAAACCGAAUAAUAACCCUCAAAAGUGGCCCACUGGUGCAUACGUGGAUCCUGUUGGGAUUGAUCCAACCCACGGUAUUGUUGAAGGCAUCAUUACAGAACAAGUUGGCAAAGUGGGUCGUCUUUUGCAAAUGGUUGCUGCUCAAGAUGGAGCGAACGGCAUACUAGGUGAACUUGGCUAUCCGAUCAAAUUGAUGACUGCUUGUUCGGGUACUGACGCGCCAUCUAUUGCGCUUGGCUUGGUGCAAGAAUGUUACGCCAAGCUCCAAUCGUCACAGACCUUUGAGUACUCUCACGAAAUGUCCUGCGAGAUUGAACCUUUCAAACAGGCCUAUAUUGGACGAAACUUUCCUGGGGUGCCGCUCUUUCCAGACAUCAACAAGUUGAUAGAACCGGAUGUUAAAGAUGUGUAUGGACGUUCGCAAGCCGUACCUGACGGGAAUCUUUUUGUUGCAGGAACGUCUUGCAAGGACUUUUCCAUGCUGAAAACGACGUAUCGUAAGGAUAUCGAAGACAAGGGAACUUCUGGGCAAACAUUCUUGUCAGCGGUGGAAUUCCUCGAGCAAAAGCAGCCGCGGGUUGCAAUAUUUGAGAAUGUGGAUGGCGCACCUUGGAGUAAGAUGCAGGAGUACAUUACUGGACGAGUAUCACUUGAAGAUCGUAAUGUGUCCAAGAAUAUUGUUGGGGCCAGUGGGGACGCUGAUAAAAAACUCAUAUUUUCGGUCAAUGAUGAUGGGAUGUAUGUUGCAGAGGAAAUCCCUCGCCAAGUUGGCAUUCGGGCAGGAGCCAUUGUGAGAGGCUUUGUCAAGCAAGGUAACCACCCCAAUGAUAUAGUACCCUUGAGAACCUCUACUACGACGAAAAAAAUCACACUGGGCGAAUUGGCUAAGAAGCACAAAAUCAACCUUGAUGGAGAUACUCUUGUCUUGGAUAAGAAAGCUCGGUACUGUACACAUUUGUGUAAACUGGACACAAAAGAAUAUGGGCUUCCUCAAACGCGAAAUCGCAAGUAUCUAUUUAUUUGGCGAUCUGAUGAACCCGAUGAUGACUUGGGAGAGUACUUUCAAGAGAUUCUUGAUCAUCUCAAGACCCCAUUGCUUCAUUCAAUGGAUGCCUUUUUGCUGCCUGACACGCACGAUCGGAUUCGAUGCUUCCGAGAAGCAUUGCGGUCGGGACCGGGGCUAAUGGUAAAGCGUGAAAGAGCAAAGGAGGAGGAUUUUUGGGAUUGGGAUAAGUCCAAAGUCAAGGACUUGGCAGUCCAUCGCGUGUUUCGGGAGGCGAAUGGACUUGCUGAGCGAUCGCGUUGGUUGACGGGGUGGGGUACACUUGGAAGAAAAUCUUUGGCUCCUGGACUAUGGCCAGAAUUGGUGCAUUGCUGGAACCACAGGCGUCUAGAUUUGAUUGAUUGCUUCUCCGGAGCAGCUGUCCGCGAUGCCAUUUCCCGUGAUCCCAUGCACCACGCUUUCACCUGGGAUCUAUCACAGAACGUCACUCGAGCUCCUUUCAGAUCAGCCACUUGUGGUGUUUCGGGCUGUGUAACUCCUGGUGGAGAAUUGUUGUUGCCUUAUAGAGGCAGAAGCGUAAUGGGAUACGAGAAAUUACUUUUACAAGGAAUCCCUUUUUCACGACUUAUUCUUGGUCCAGAAACAGAAGUUCAGCUUUCUGAUCUAGCAGGCAAUGCUAUGUCAGUUCCGGUGAUCAAUGCAACCAUGCUUGCCGCAAUUUGUGCGCCACAAUUGAGGCGACAGAGAGAAACUAACAAAAAGGUUCUUCUAACGAACUUUGCUUUCAGCCAGAAGUAUGCUACUGCCAACGGCGCAGUUCUUGCAGAGCGUGGGGACAUGUACGAUGUUCCGAGGGACACAAGCGCGAAAACUUUCGUUGGAGUCUUCAGCUCUCUCUUGGGCGAUUUUGCCAGGGAUGCGUACCGAACGAGUGUUCUUUGCUACUGUGAAAGUUCUGGAACCGUCUCCACGGCACAGAUAAUGGAAUGUUGUGACUGUGGCAUGUCUGUUUGCCGCAAGUGUUGCAGCGAGUAUCAGGUACACGACCAUGACUUGAAACCCGUCGAAAAUUCUGGUGCUAUGUCGAACAUUCGACCAGAUCCUCACGAAUUCGAAAGGAAGCUUCGAUCAAAGGUACCUUCUGUAUUACGUCUGAGCGAAGGUUGGGAAGAAGUUCUGAAGGACGGUGAUGGGCUUGAGUCCUUCAGCUUUCAGCUUCAGGAAGUUCGUCGCGAAAAAGGCCACUGGCAGCUCUUGUAUGGGGCCUGGGAAGACCAAGGCCGAGGAAAACAGGUUGCCGAGAUACGGGUGCUGGUCGGUCGUAUCAAAAAGUUAGAUCCGGAGUAUAGGAUCGCAGCUUACAUUCGUUGCUAUGCCCCGGCAAUCCGUCAUAAGAAUCCAUAUCGUGGUAAACUGAAAGAUGCUGCCCGAAUCGAGUUGUCCAGCUCUUCGAACCAAGUUGAUUGCUGGGAAGUUCCAAUCAGCCCCCAAGAAUGCACGAUCAAUCUUGUCGGUAGCGAAGAAGUCGAGUCACAACGGGUGCUUAUUGGGUUGAAUGACGACGCAGCACGUGCAUUGAAAUCACACGAUGUAAAGAACGCGUUCAAACCACCAAUCGAUUCAAGGAAUCAUCUGACCCACUACCAUUCGAAGUGGAAGACGUGGCCAGGAACUAUCAAAGUAUCUGGGUCUGGCACAGGAAUAGUAAACGGAAUAUACAGAAAGACGAAAUGUACCCACACGAUUGUCCUCUCAGCGCUUUGGAAAAGGGACGGUACUUGUGACAAGCCAGCGAUGUAUUUGUUCUUUCGUCCAGAUGUUCUUCGGACCCAAUUGGAUACUGCUGUCUUUUCACUCUCGCCGUCCUACAAGGAUACCGAUGAAGUAUUCGAGUUAGACGAUUGGAUACCUGAAAACACUUUGUUGGAACGAACACACAAAACGAGUGCCAAAGGCUUGACUUGGAAGCCCCUUGCGAGCGGAUUUACAGUCGAAGUGCCCAAGCCAAGACUAAAUGUGCUCCCGAUGCAUGAUUCCUUCGAUCGCCAAGUGUCCAAUCUAGUGGAUCCAACAAAAGAUAUUCCUAUUUUGUGCACUAUCGGAGGUCUGUCAACGGAAAUAACAGCGUCAGUGCUUGAAUAUACUUCUUUGGAAGAAGCAGGCGACGUUGUGAACAUCGAUCUUUUUGGCAAAGCCGGUACACGAAAUGCUAAACGUCUAUCCAUCAUUGCUGCUCCAUCAUUGCUGAAGUGUGCUGCUGAGGGCAAUCUUCCCCUAACGUUGUCGAAGUGGUACAAGUUACCCAAAUCGAUUGUCUUUGGUCACUGCCCCAUCAAUGUUCCGUCACGACCUGUUGGAAGAUGGAGAAGAAGAUCCGACCGCGACAAUAUCUGGGAAAGAGAAUACGAUAACGAGGAAUCGAACGACUACUAUCAUCGACUUUUCCAUCGUCCAAAGGCUUUUUCUGUCGAAGUUGACAGGUCUCAGGGGACGAUGACGCUUAAAAUGAACCCAUAUGUUGCCGCCCAUCGCGCUGCAGCUCAGUUAGGAGGGGAAGAAACUGGCUCAGUCGAAGUCGAUUACUGUCUAUCGGAAUUAUCAUCGAUGGGUGAGCCGCCCACGACUGACUUUCACGUGCCAAACUCUGAUAGAUACACUGAGACCAUUGUGGGCGAUAUGGAGUUGCCCUUGUACAAACGUCAAGCGAAAGCAUUGACUCGCAUGCAAGCUAUCGAGAAUGGAGAAGUUUUGUUUCCAGAAGAAGAGCGAUCCGAGAUUGUCCUUCCUGGCAUUGGCUGGUGUUUGAUUGCGAAAGCAGCAAAGCAUUCGCCCUUAAGGGGUGGUGUAUUAGGCGACGCAAUUGGAUCAGGGAAGACAGUGGUGACAAUAGCACUUAUUUUAGCGGGAGCAGAAAAAGCUCGAUCGAGAAGAAAUGUUGAAACAGGUAGAUCUGGCGCUUCAUUAAUCGUUGUUCCUCCUGGACUAGUCCAACAGUGGGAUGACGAACGAAAGAAAUUUACCAAAAAUAAGCUUCGAUGCAUUCGGGUUGAUUCCACAAGUGCUUUAAUGAAAUUUUCCGUCGAGGAUUUUUGCAAUGCAGAUGUUGUCAUUGUACCCGCUGGCCUCAUCGAGGAAGCGAAGGGCAAGAAGCGCCCAUACACAGAGAAUUUGUCCAAGAAAGCAAGGGCAGGUAGCAUUCCGCAAGCACCAACAUAUUACUCUCAAAGAGAAGCUCCAACCAUUGAAGGAACUUGGGUUCGCAACAUGAGCUCUGGACCUGAGAUCUACGUUGGAAACAAAGGGAAGCAGAAAGAUAGGGACUCUCAAGCGUAUUAUGGACAUUGUUAUUCCGAAGCCAUCAAGAAGCUACGGGAAAAGAAGUUCGCACCGUCGCAACGUGGUGUUCCCAUUGAAUACUUCACCUGGGAACGAAUCAUCAUUGAUGAAUGUCACGAAACCCUCGUGACAGGAAAAGGACGUGAGACUAAUGAUGCAGAUUUCAAAGCGACUGCCAGACGAGGAGCUCGAGAGUUCUUGGGGGUUGCCGAAACGAGUAUUUCCAACCGUCCCUUGAUUGCAGAGACUGGUGUUUGGGGACUGACUGGAACCCCUUUGCUCGAAACUGAGGCUCGAGUUACGGAAUUGGCCAAUCUGAUGGGCGGGACCUACUUGACUGGAGCUUCGAAUCAUUGGCGUAAAGAAGAGCGGGAAUCUGGGCGUGAUCUGUUUUUAAAUCAGCAAGAGGCCACUCGUAGUCGAGAAUAUCGCUGCGCGGUCCAGCAAGCUUGCCACCGUUACGUCAAGGAAGCUUGUCAGCGUAAUCGUGGAGAAGCACUGCAAGUGAAGCUCACCAGGAAGAACGUCCACGUGAACAUGAGCGAAUCGGAAGGAAAAGACUUUCAAAAACUGACCAAUGACAUCGACCAAAGCACUUUCGAUCUUAGUCCUGGUCAACUAGGAGAAAAAGCUGGCGAUGUUCUCUCCAUCAGUUGCUCUUCCAAAGCUCGACACUCGGCUCUUUUGGGGAGUGUUGAUGCUAUUUUGGAAAAAGAACCAGGCACAAAGAUCAUCGUCUUUGCCAACACUUCCUUCGGUGGCUACGCUAGUGCCUUGAAGGCGCUCGAAUCUGGUGGCAAGCGAUAUUGUCACGUGUCUGAUGAAAGCUCUGUCGAAGAGCAAAACGAAACGAUUUCAUGGUUCCGUCAUGUCGAUGUCAGCGAAGCAGAACGACAGCGUCCACGUAUUCUCUUGCUUUCCUUUGAGCAAGCUGCAGGCCACAACUUGCAAGAGGCUUGUCACAAUGUAAUCAUAUACGAUCCAUACUAUUCAGGAUCAGAUGCCGUCGCCGAUGCUUCGGUGGAAGAGCAAGCUGUGGGACGAGUAAUGCGACAAGGCCAAAAACGUGAUGUGACUGUGACACGGAUUCUGGUGUCGGGUCCCAAAGGCGAACGUUGCCUCGAUGACUGGAUUAUGGAGCGCAAUCUUGAUGAAAAAGUUUUGCAAGCGGCCACGUCCAACUUUGAUUAG